UACUGCAGGAGGCAGGCAGGAAUUAGAUGUGCAGCUCAUCUGCCGCCGCAGGAUUCAGGCUGUGCACGAGCUUGGACGAUUCUACUGUAAUCUCCAGCUCAGCAUGGUGGCAGGAGGAAGUAGCCUGCACGAGCUGGAGCUCCACCAUUCUAUCUCAAUUUCAAGGUUCACCUUUCCUUGUUCCAGUCCCUGAGCUCACGUUCCGAUGCGCAAGGCGGCAUGGAUUGCGGAAGCAGAUUGACGAAUUUUGACGGAAGCAGUCUCCAUCGCAGCCUUUGAUAUCAAAUUCGCGUUUUGUCCGAUCCGAGAAUAUGGCACAGUUCUAGACAUCUUUUGGAUACACUAUUCAGGGGGCCGCGAUGCCAAGCAGGACGAGCCCCCCCUCCUGCACGCUGUUGAGCGUGGGGCAGGCUUUUGUCGGCACACAGAAUGUCGACCACAGCGGGGCAAUGAAAGAGGAGCGGUGGACAGUGCACGUACGCAUCCAGGGGUGCGACCUGCGCCAUGGAACGCUGUGUGGGAGCAUGGAGGCGCUCAACGUGCCAGCAGCGGAGAGCUCGGUGGUCACGUUCUGGGAGGGCGAGAUCAUUGACAACAUAAACCACACGUUCUUCACGGAAGACUGGGCUAACCCCGAUACAGACCUCAAGCAUUGGUCGCGGUUUCCAAGUUUCGCGCCCCUCAGAGAGGCCGUCAACCGGGAUGGCGGGAAGGGCAUUGACCUUGCACGGCAUAGCCAUGUGUACAUGCGAUGGAAGGAGAAGUUUUUUGUCAACGUCGGUCCCGACUGCGGGUUGACGAUUGCGGGGUUCUACUACCUGUGCUUCUCCAGGGUUGACGGAACGAUCCGAGGGUUUUAUUACGACCCAAAUAGCAGCCCCUACCAACAGCUCGAGCUACGAGCGACCACCGAGGGGCGCAAUGGGCAUAGUUUUGGAUGUUACGAGUUCAGAUGAGGGCCGGCGCUUGAGUUGAGUCUAGCGUGGGUUUCCGGUAGAGCCCGCCCAACACUUUGUUGAGCGGGCGUUGAAGGUCAGGUAAUGGUAAUCGGAAGAUAGAAAGCAGGAGGCAGCUUACUACGUUAGCUAACGUUGUGUUUGAGUACCUUGGGAUAAGAUGCGAAGCUUCAGGCCUAGUUUCACGGAUCGUCGAUUAGUAUCAUGGGGCAAGCGCUACCAUUGACCAUUAGCUUAGUGAUUGGAAGAAGUCAGAUCGUUCGAGCAGCUUUCUUGGGCACCACGCCACUUCGACUAAUCUAGAGCAGGCUCAAUCAUGCACACUACAAGGAAGUAAAUUGAGGUUUCUGCAGUCACAGCCGCCUAGGAUCG